AUGACACCGCCAAUCAACACCGCCGCAGCCCAUCCCCCAGCCAAAACAGCCCUCCUCCUCCUCGACUACCACAACCACAUCGUCGACAUGAUUAAACCCCCCGAAACAAAAACCAAAGUCAUAAACGCGGCAAGUUCUCUCCUCAAAGCCGCUCGCGAAAGCUCAGCCACCAUUGUCCACUGUGUCAUCGACAUGGACGCCCAGCCCGUCGAGACGAGCAAGAUCAGAGAGCGCUGGGAAUCAACUUACAAACCCAUGAUUGCGUCGACUCCGGAAAAGCUUGCAAUUACAGCCGAUCUUGCUCCUGCUACAAGUAGCUCUGAGAAGGAAUUCACGGUGGGCAAGGUUCCCGGGUGUGUUUCCGCCAUGAAGACGCCUGGGUUUGUGAACACGCUGCGAGAGAAGCACGGUGUUGAGAGUUUGGUUAUUUGUGGACUUAUUUCGAGUGGUGCGGUUGUGAGUACGGCGCGGGAGGCGGCUGAUUUGGGGUUUGUGACGACGGUGGUGGAGGAUGGGUGUUGGGAUUAUGAUGCUGCGUGCCAUGAGGCUAUUAUGAGGAAUGUUUUGCAGAUGACGGCGUAUACGACUGAUUUGAAGGGAGGGUUGGAGUUAUUGGGGGCUGGUAGUUAG